AUGACCAUCACGCUCAAUCGGUUGGAGUCCCAAAUGCAAGGAAAGCUGCCAUCUCAACCUGAGUUGAACCCGAAGAAUGUGAGCGCCAUGACCUUGAGAAGUGGCAAGGAGGUCCAAGGAUCCAACCCGUUGAUUCCUAAGGACAAGGACAAAGAUCGAAUUGAGAAGGAGUUGGAAGAGGAGGACAAAGACAAUAAAAAUUCAAAGGUAGUCCCGGACCCACUCAUUCCAGUUAGAACCAACCCACCUCCCUUCCCAAGCAGAUUGGAGAAACCAAUGAAGCAGGACAAGGAGAAAGAGGUCCUGGAGAUCUUUCGCAAAGUGGAGAUCAAUAUUCCCCUUCUAGAUGCGAUUAAGCAGGUACCCAGAUAUGCAAAAUUUUUGAGGGACUUGUGUGUCAACCGAAAGCGGUUGAAAGGAGAUGAGAGAGUGGUAGUGGGAAAAAAUGUGUCAGCAAUUCUGCAACGAAAGCUUCCGCCGAAAUGCGGGGACCCAGAUAUGUUCACUAUUCCUUGUAGGAUAGGCAAUACCUUGAUUGGAAAGGCUAUGUUGGAUCUAGGAGCCUCAAUUAAUGUGAUGCCCAAGUCCAUAUAUGCUUCUUUGAAUUUAGGUCCUUUAAAAGAGACUGGCAUAAUAAUCCAACUGACUGACCGAACCAAUGCAUACCCUGACGGGUUGAUUGAGGAUGUUUUAGUGAAAAUUAAUGAAUUGGUUUUUCCUGCUGAUUUUUACGUGUUUGACAUGGAUGAUGAACACUCUCACGACCCAUCACCUUUACUAUUAGGUAGACCCUUCUUGAGCACAACUCGAACUAAAAUUGAUCAUCGAGUGCGCACUAGUCAAUAA